AUCGAAAUAUAGGAAAAAAUGGUCCAUUUGAUCCCUUUUUAUAGACCAAUUUUUUUGUCUGUUGACAAAGUGAUGUUCUCAAUAGCUUUCUCAUGUGAAUGCUUUGAUUUUGUUCUUAUUUGGGUUUUUCCGCUGCUAUAAAAUUUCUGCAAACAUUGGGGUUGUUGAAACAGGAAUAAAAAAACAUAUAUCAUGGAGGUAUCCAACAGUGCAAUAACAUGCAUUACAAUUCUAAUGGUUCUUCUCUGUGGGUCAGCAGCUGGAAUUCGAAAAGCCUUGAAAGCUCAAGAGAAUGGCAUUGGGAUGGCUGCAAUGGCUCCUUCAUCUGAUGAAGGUAUUUGCAAAUCAGUGGUGGAAACUCAUGGUUAUCAAUGUGAAGAACACACGGUAACUACGGGAGAUGGUUACAUUCUCAGUAUGCAAAGAAUUCCCGUGGGUCGGUCGGGUGGGACACCAGGAACCGGAACCAGACCACCGGUUCUGUUACAGCACGGGCUCUUAAUGGAUGCAAUAACGUGGCUGUUAUUGCCUCCGGAACAGUCUUUGGCAUUUGUCUUGUCGGAUAAUGGCUACGAUGUCUGGCUUGCUAACUCACGUGGAACAAAGUACAGCAAAGGCCAUACAUCACUCACUCCUAACGAUCCGGCUUACUGGGAUUGGUCGUGGGAUGAAUUGGUAGCUUAUGAUCUUCCUGCAACAAUCCAAUAUGUUUAUGAUCAAACAGGACAAAAGCUUCACUAUGUGGGACACUCGCAGGGAACAUUGAUCGCUUUGGCUGCGUUCUCAAAGGAUGAGGUGUUGAACAUGUUGAGAUCAGCUGCUUUGCUUUGCCCUAUUGCUUAUAUGGGUCAGUUGACUUCCCCACUUGCAAAAAUUGCAGCUGAUGACUUCAUUGCUGAGACAGUCUACUGGUUAGGCCUCGAUGAAUUUGACCCACGAGGGGAGGCAGUAGUUAAACUUCUGAAAGAAAUCUGCGGUAAACCAGGCGUUGAUUGCAGUAACCUUUUGACCAGUUUUACAGGUCAGAAUUGUUGCUUGAACUCUUCCAUAGUAAAUAUGUUUCUAGAUCAUGAGCCUCAACCAUCGGCAACAAAGAACAUGGUCCAUCUGGCUCAGAUGAUUAGGCAAGGGACCAUAACAAUGUACGAUUACUACGACGUGGUCGAAAAUAUGAAACAUUAUGGGCAACCGACGCCUCCUGCAUACAACAUGACCGGCAUUCCGAAUGACUUUCCUCUUUUCGUCAGCUAUGGAGGGGCGGAUGCUCUUGCAGAUGUAAAUGAUGUGAAGCUGUUGCUGGGAAGCCUGAAAGAUCAUGAUGGAGACAAGUUUGUGGUUCAGUUUAGAGACGAUUAUGCUCAUGCAGAUUAUGUCAUGGCAGAAAAUGCUAAACAACAAGUAUAUGAUCCUUUAAUCGCCUUCUUUAGGCUGCAGUAG